GUCAACAUGCAGUUCUCCACUCUUGUCAUUACCCUGUUCUUCUCAGUCUUCAUGUCGCUCUUCGUUGCCGCUGCGCCGCUCGAGGAGCGCAGCAUCAAUAUCUCCGGCGAACACUCGGGUGACGGUACCUACUACGCUACAGGUCUUGGCGCAUGUGGCAUCUGGAACAACGACGAUGACCACAUUGUCGCCGUCGGCCACGACCUCUUCGAUAACUACCCUGGGUACACAGGCACUAACCCCAAUGCGAACCCAAUUUGCAACAAGAAGCUUACCGCCAAUUACAAUGGCAAGUCUGUGACUGUCACGGUCGUUGAUCGCUGCGUAGGGUGCGGGCCCUGGGACCUUGAUUUCUCCCCCGCGGCGUUCACGAAGCUGGCGCCCGAGUCCGUCGGCCGCCUGGAGAGCGUCGAGUGGUCCUUCGACUAGAUCCCAUCCCCCUCUCCAUCCCUCAUGGGAACAUCGAAUUUCUUAUUUUACCUGGGUACACAUGACUGACUAGAGCUUGUUGUAAAAUUAUCUGUUGUAGAAUAUUCCCGGAGGUCCCGGAGGCCGCAUCGGGUGUAGAUUUAGAGCUCGGGAUGUGUCUGCAUUUGGCAACCAAUGGCUUUAGAUUGUAACAUAGACAAACAAGCAUGUAACUUGAUAGAUUAGAUUGUGAUACAUAUUCGUUCAAGC